AUGACGAAUAUUUUAACUGCUCAAGAUAAGGUUGCCAGUUUUCUUCGUAAAUUGCAACUUUACCAACGCAGAAUUGAAGUUGAGGACAUUUCAAUGUUCCCAGAACUAACAAUGGUGCUUGACGAAAGAAAUGAAAAAUGUUCAUUCACAGACCAAAUAGCUCUUCACUUAUUAUCAAUAAUAGAUUCAAUCGCAACAUUUUGGCGAAAAAUUGGUGGCGAGUAUCCAUUAUUAUCAGAAAAAGCCUUGAAAAUACUGAUCCCUAUUUCAAAAACGUACAGGUGUGAAAGUGGAUUUUCAACAAUGGUAACAAUGAAAACAAAAGCAAGAAACCGAUUAAACUUGGAACACGACCUAAGAUGUGCAUUGGCCGAAACUGAACCAAAUAUUAAACAAAUUCUUAGAAAAAAGCAAUAUCAACCGUCUCAUUAA